UUCUUCACUCGCUCCUUCUGUCUCUCAGCAACAAAUGGCAGCGCUAGUGAGCCACCAUCACCACCACCUAUUUUGCACCCUAACGCGCUUCAACUCCACCAGAACCAGAUGGAGAGAGUCACAAUCGCAAUCGCGAGGGAUCAGCACAAACUCGGUUCGGUGCGCUGAUGUAAGCUUGAGCACCACCACGACCGCGAGUGAGAAUCGCCGGGUCACAUUGAGUAACAGGAACGAUUCCCUGGACAUAUGCCGAGUCCUUAACGGGAUGUGGCAAACCAGCGGCGGUUGGGGACGAAUCGACCGAAACGACGCCGUCGAUGCCAUGCUCCGCUACGCCGACUCCGGCCUUUCCACCUUCGACAUGGCCGAUCACUAUGGGCCCGCUGAAGAUCUAUAUGGGCUUUUCAUCAAUCGAGUUCGUCGUGAGCGUCCACCAGAAUUCUUGGAACAGAUCAGAGGUCUCACUAAGUGGGUGCCACCGCCAGUUAAGAUGACAAGUAGUUAUGUAAGAGAUAGCGUUAAUAUUUCAAGGAAGAGAAUGGAUGUGGAUUCCUUGGACAUGCUUCAGUUUCAUUGGUGGGAUUAUUCAAAUUCAGGCUACCUUGAUGCACUAAAACACCUCACGGACUUGAAAGAGGAAGGUAAAAUCAAAACUGUGGCUUUGACAAAUUUUGAUACAGAGAGAUUACAGAUUAUUCUCGAAAAUGAGAUUCCUGUUGUGAGCAAUCAGGUGCAACAUUCAAUUGUGGAUAUGCGUCCCCAACAAGGAAUGGCAGAACUUUGUCAGCUUACUGGAGUCAAACUUAUAACAUAUGGGACGGUAAUGGGUGGGCUAUUGUCUGAGAAGUUCCUUGACACCAACAUAGCUAUUCCUUUCGCUGGUCCUGCAAUAAACACACCCUCCCUCCAAAAGUACAAAAGGAUGGUAGAUGCUUGGGGAGGAUGGAGUUUGUUCCAGGGACUGCUUCGGACUCUUAAACAAGUAGCUUCUAAACAUGGUGUUUCGAUCUCAACUGUUGCUGUGAAGUAUAUACUAGAUCAGCCUGCGGUAGCAGGAUCAAUGGUUGGUGUCAGACUGGGCUUGUCAGAACAUAUUCAAGACUCCAAUGCUAUCUUUUCACUUGUUCUUGAUGAAGACGAUAUGAACAGCAUAAGAGAAGCCUCAGGGAAAGGAAAGAAUCUGCUUAAAGUGAUUGGUGAUUGUGGAGAUGAGUACAGGCGAGCGUAAGUCAUGCUAGCAUAUCAACCUGGUGAUUGGUUUUAUUUAUAUAGGACAAGGGGACGAAAAGGGAAGGGAAAAAAAGAGCUCACGCCCCAUAGAUGAAUUUGUACGUGAUACUUUGGUAGAUUACUCCGUACUUGUCAAAAGGAAAAAAGAAAAGUAGUAGUUUAUUCGGUAAUGUCUAGAUUAUCCCAAAAUUUCUUCACAUUUUGGCCACCUCAAUCAUGACUUCCAUGUAAAGAGAAACUUCAGAUGUUAUUGUGUAUCCUUUUUUAAAGUGUCUAUAUUUAUAAUAAUACUGAUUUAAAAAAAAUGUGGACUAGAUUUCUGUUAAUUUAAUGC